AUGGUGCCGCUGGGGCUGUGGCUGCGCCUGGCCGGGCUGCUGAGCGCGGCGAGCGCCCUGCCCGUGUCCCCCGGCCCGCGGGACGAGGUGCUGGCCGCGGCCCUGCAGCGCCUGCGGGAGGUGUUCGACAUCGAGGAGCUGCCCCCCGACGUCCUGCCCCGCAAGAAGCCGCCGCAGUUCAUGGUGGAUCUCUUCAACAAGGUGGCCGACGCCAACGGCAUCACCCGCGCCCCGGGGCUGCUGCAGGGCGACGUGGUGCGCAGCUUCGAGGACCGAGUUCACGUGGACCGGUACCACUUUUACUUCGACAUCAGCGCGAUGGAGAAGGGCGAGCAGAUGCUGAAAGCCGAGUUCAGGGUCUUCAAGCUGAAGAGGACACGUGUGUCCAAGCGGUCUGACGGGAAACACUUCUGCCGGGUGGAAGUGUACGAGCUCUUGGAGGGUGGAAGUGAGCCACACAAAAAACAUCUCAUUGCAUCAAGAUUAUUGUCUCUGUACGCAGAAGGCUGGGAAGUUUUCAACGUCACGCAGACAGUUUCCAAGUGGGUUGGAAACAGCAGCUCCAACCAUGGCUUUUUGAUAACUACAACACACGUAUUCAACACUAGAACUGAGCACAACCUGGUUCAGUUUGCCAAGAGCCAGGAUGCUUUGCAAGAGAGCAGAAAUGCUCUCCUUGUCCUCUUCACCAACAGUAACAAACGGAGGUCUUCCAGUUUUGUACCCUCUUCCACGAAACCAGAGAUGAACCCUGCUGAAACUGAUGCUUCACAUGCACCUCGUGAAACUCAGAUCAUUGAAAGCAGCAAUGAAAGCACCAGCAGGAGACGCCGAGCUGCUGCAAUGCCUUCUACCACAAGCCAGGUAACAACAUGUCAUCGAAGGGAACUCUACGUUGACUUCCGUGCUAUUGGCUGGUCAGGGUGGAUUAUUUACCCAAGUGGAUACAAUGCAUUUUAUUGCAGAGGAACCUGUCUCUUCCCCUUGGGGGAAAAUCUAAAUGCAACAAACCAUGCUACAGUUCAGUCAAUAGUCCAUACACUUAAACUGUCUCAAGAUGUUAGCACACCCUGCUGCGUACCAGAUGAAUUGAAGUCCCUCAAUCUUCUCUACUUUGAUGACAAAGAAAACGUGGUCCUUAAAAAUUAUAAAGACAUGGUGGCAACAAGGUGUGGUUGUCAUUAGCAGAGCCUUGAUUUUGUCUGCGUUUGGCUUGCACCUGGGCACAGUUCCCUAUUUGCCACUGAAGAUACCAAUGGAAAUCGCAUUUCAGAUUACUGGGCAGGAGAGCCUGAAACUCAGCUAUGCUUCAAAUCCUUCUGCUCUCACCAUGGCUGUGUGGAAAGAUGUUCAAGGCUGGCUUUCAAACAACAAUGGGAGUGUAUGCCGACUUGCAUGGAGAGCUCCUUGAGUGCCUACACACUGGAGGAAACCAUUACAAGCAGGAACUUGCUAUGUGGAGGAGUUAAAACACCUUAGGCCGAGUAUUCAAAUGAAGGGCUUGAUCUGUAUAUUGACACUGAAAACUUCUUAAAAUAUAAUGGACAUGGCAUCCUACCGCAAUCCAGGACAGGCAUGCAAGUCUUUAGGUAACAGCCUCAUUCAACUUUGAGCACGUAGCUUUGACUGUUCCUACACAGAGCUUUCAGGAGGAGUAUUUGCCCACACCUAACCUCAGCACCCUCUACCAUCUGCAGUUUAUGCAGUACCUGGGAAUGUGCUGCUUGCCCGUAUUCUGUCUGCAGCUCUACCAAUGCAGAGACAUCCUUGUAAGUCCACCCAGGACUUGCUACAUGGUCUGAGGGAACAUAUAGGUCAGCAUUUGCCUGGGAAUCUGCAAAACUUAGUGUCUGACACAGGGCUGCACUUCUGUUGUAUGUUGAAGGGUGAACCAGUCCACCUCUUCAUAAAAAUAAUUAUCUUCCAUCAUUUCCUACUGUGGCUGUGUAGCAGCAGAGGUUACCUUUGUGUGUACAGUGGUUGUGCAGUGGGAUCCAAAGCUGAAGUCAGACCCCCAUUGCUUGGCAGGAAGACAGCCACUAAGCUUUGAAGGUCUGUGAGAACAUGCUGGGUGCUGGCCUGGUCCUGUAUCUGAGGCAAGUCUGAUGGAAGGUACUCACUGAUUCCCUUCCAUUCUUCCAUGAAUCAUAGGACAUAGACUGGGAAGGGCCCCCUGACGUCCUUCAGUCUUGAUACAGUUUAAUGCAGGCAACGAGCCCAUUACAGUUUCUCAAUCAACUUAUUUGAUUUGUAAUUUAGGCCUGGUUAGGUUUCUUGUCUCCAUUAUUCCUUGAAGGAGGCUGACUUCUCACAGAAAAUGACA